GCCACCCCAGACUCUGGCCCCAGACUGGCCAAUUUAAUCUCUGACAUUCACAAACGACCCGGACAAGACAUAGAUGCAGAAAAGAGGAGAAGAAGGCACUGCGCAAAACAGAAACCCCGCCAGGUACUCCCCUCCGCGCGAAAUAUUAGCCCAAGGUCGACAGCGUUAUGCUGCAGCGGGUGCUCCUUGGAGUGAGCACUCCUUGAUACGUGAUGAAGACCCUCGAAACCCCACCAGGUACUCCCCUCCGCGUGAAACAUUAGCCCAAGGUCGACAGCGUUAUGCUGCAGCGGGUGUUCCUUGGAGUGAGCACUCCUUGAUACAUGAUGAAGACCCUCGAAACCCCACCAGGUACUCCCCUCCGCGCGAAACAUUAGCCCAAGGUCGACAGCGUUAUGCUGCAGCGGGUGCUCCUGGGAGUGAGCACUCCUUGAUACGUGAUGAAGACCCUCGAAACCCCGCCAGGUACUACACCCCGCCCGAAAUAUGCGCGUGGGGUCGAAAUCGUUAUGCUGCAGCGGGUGCUCCUGGGAGUGAGCACUCAUUGAUACGUGAUGAAGACGCUCCUCCACAGGAUCCCAAUACGCAACAGCAACAUCAACUAGUAACAGCUCAGGUAGACACCGGCGAACAUGGAGGCGGCCUGUCCUGUGCUGCUGCUGCUGGUAGAAGCAUUGGUGAAUGUCCAUGACGGUACUUUAUCGAUAAGCAUCAACAUCUUUUAGCUCAUUAAAGUCUUCGCCGGCAUCAUUUACACAGCAUCUCGUAUCAGCCCUGCUAUUCUUACCUAGAAAAUUUGCGUUAUCGAGAACAUUUCUGGACAGUUUCUGAAUACUCUUCGUGUGACAUCUAGACGUGAUAUGAACUGGCCACCAGC